GUAUGUGUAUGUAUAUGAAAGAAUCGUAUUAAAACGGAAUUAAUUUAACACUAUCCUUUUGCACUGUAAAUACUGCCGGAUAUUUGCUACUAGAAAUAGCCUACAAAUCUUGUUUCAUGUUGCAUGCAAAAUUACAAAGUAAAUUCAAAGUUUGUGCGUAAAACGGUGCUAAUGCGAUUUAACAUAAUGAGAGACGUCUGUAAAUAAAUUAGCAGCAGCAUCUUUCAGCCCCAAUAAAUGCGCAUUUCAGAAAUUGGUCUGAUGACAUUACUGAAUAACAUGAUGAUACUCUUGUUCGCAGUUUUUUCUCCCCUGUUCCUAAAUGUCAACCAAUAGACAGAGAUAAUGACGGUUCUGUUCAGUCGACCAAUGAAACCUUGAGCUGAUGAGUUUGGCAGGAGACGCGGAGCGGAAACUCGACAGUUUGACGCGUGGCGCAGAGGUGGCGAGACCUGUCAGAGUUCAGACAAGGAAGCCGAGAAACGAGGACGUUCAUCGGACACCAUGGACAAGAAUAAAACUAAAUUACAGCUAUUUUUGCCGCAGUUAACGUGAUUUUGUUUGUUUUAAUCCUCCUUAAUCUACUGCGCAAAGAGGGGUCAUGGAGCGCGCGGAGCCAAAACCGCCAUCAAAAUCAAAUCAGGAACCCAUACGAUUCGGGAUCGACCAGAUUCUGGGCUCUUUGGAUCAGGAGAGCAGGGUCGGAAACACUGUGGAUAACAGCCGCUUGGGAAGCCCGUCCAGGGCGAGCGUCGCUCCUCAUAUCUCCUUACCCGUCUCUCUGUCCGGAGUCACGGGCACGCUGGAGGACUCCGGGCGGUUGUACGGGGUGAGCGGCACUCUGGUGCCCAGUGGAGUGAUUCGGGUUCCGGCGCACAGACCUCUCGCUGCCGCGGUGCCGCCGACUAUGGUGAGCGCCGCACCGGCGCUGUGUUUCCCCUGGAUGGACAAUAACCGCAGGUUCCCUAAAGACAGACUGCCAGCUCUCAUUCCGUUCACCGUGACCCGGCGGAUCGGUCACCCGUAUCAGAACCGAACUCCCCCCAAACGGAAAAAGCCCCGCACGUCGUUCUCGCGCGUGCAGAUCUGUGAGCUGGAGAAACGCUUCCACCGGCAGAAGUACCUGGCGUCCGCGGAGCGCGCGGCCCUCGCCAAGAGCCUGAAGAUGACCGACGCGCAGGUCAAGACCUGGUUCCAGAACCGACGGACCAAGUGGAGAAGGCAAACAGCUGAGGAAAGAGAGGCGGGACGUCAGCAAGCCAAUCGGAUGCUGCUUCAGCUUCAGGCCGACGCCCUCCAGAAGUCCAUGGGCGAAUCAGUGUCGUCGGAUCCUCUAUGUGUGCAUAACUCCUCCCUCUAUGCCCUCCAGAACCUCCAGCCUUGGGCCCAGGAGAGACCGGGUAAAAUGGCCCCAACAACCACCGCACUGGCUUAAAAUCUCUGCCAUGAAGCUGGAUCAGGACAGGGGAGCUUCAAACUGUCCUGCACUUUCACAAUGGAAAGACUAAAACCGUCAUAUCUGAAUAAGAAUCAGGCUUUUUGAACAGUUUUUUUUUCUGAAUCUCGAAGCAUCUAAGCACUUUUUGUGGGAAUAGUGAACUGUGAUGACAUCUGUGAGUUUGUUUUGGACACAAAAACUUUCCAAACUCCAUCCCAUGUAGAUGCUGAGUUGGGAAAAUAGGGUGAACCAUUCACAGAAACGAACUGUCAAUCGACCUGAAUCACAGAACUGUAUAUAUGAACUGUUUAAAUGAUGUCUGUGAGAAAGUCUACAAAAUAUUGUACUUAUCGUAAUUAUUUUGUGCUCUUAUGGUGGCGAUGCAUUACCGACUAAUGUUUGUCAUUGUUGAUGUACUUUCAACCGAAAAUAGCAAUGGUGUGUAAAUAGAGUAUAACACUGAACAAUCAGCAUUGAAAAUUUUAUUGUUAAAUAGUUCAUACAACAUUCCAACAAGAGGAUAUUUAAGCUUUCUGUUUCCUCAUCUGUCUGUCUGACUGACCGUCUGUCUCUCCGUCUCCUCUUUUACAGCAUCAUGGAAAUAUAAUCGUUCCUCAGUCAACCCUCUGCUUUAUAGACAGUUUUUUAUAUCACUUUUAGAAACACCGCCACUCCGUAUUUGAUUAUUCAGUCCCACUUUGCAGAGUAUAAAAUAUACAUUGUGUGUAAUGAUUCAAAUACAUCAUAACAUGAUCAAAAAUUUGCAGAAAAAGAAAUAGCAUUACUGUGGUUAUCAGAGCAUAUAUUUGGGUCUGCCAGGACUGUUUGUGAUUGUGAUAAACACAGGUUUGAACUUUCAACACACUUUUAAACAUGAUGGCUUAUGUUUCCUGGCACAUAAGUAUUUGUUCAUAAUUGUGUGUGUGUGUGUGU